GAGAGUGUAUUGAGCAUUGUGUAUCUGUGUGAACUUUCUCGUUGUUGUUGUUUUUGUUGUUGUAUUGUAUGGAAAAUUAUUCCCUUCUUUUGAGGAAAAUACAGAAAGAAAAUAUAGAUCGCCAGGCAAAAAGGUGUGCUCUCUCUUAGCACAACCAGAACCAGAAGAAAAACGAUUUUUCUCUACCAGAUGAAAAACUAGUCGAACAUUUUCCACAAAAUAAUACACACAGUUUUCCUUUAAUCAAACAAAAUUAAUUUUAAAAAAUAUAUAUACAUACAUAUAUUUUAAUAGAAACAAAAAUAUUUUAAAUAAAUGGAAAAUAUUUAUUGGAAAAAAAAGAAGAAAAAUCGUUUUGUUCCUUAAAUAAAAAGAAAAAAAAAAGAAGAAAAUUAUUCACCAAACGGAAAACAGUGUUUAAAAAUCGUGCAAACUUAACAUAAACAGCAUAAAAGUGAUACAAAAUUUUAAAUAUUUUCUAUUUAAUAUAAUUAACAAAAAGAAAAAAAGGAAUACAAAACGGGUGAUACGAAUAAAACCACCAAAACCAAUAACAACAAACGAAUCAACCUACAGAAAAGAUAUAAAAUAGUCCCAAAAAAUAUCCCAAAUGAGUUGUUCUCCUUCUUAAAUACGCUUAUAUUAUUAAAAGAAAGAAAAAGAAACAAAAACCAAAAAACAAAGUGUUAAACAUACCAAAUGAUAAAAUGAUGAAAAAUGGAUGAAGAUGUCGUAUCACCAUCAGCAACAUCAUCAUCUUCAUCUUUUACUACAUCAUCAUCAUCAACAUCAUUGUCGAGGAGCUGCUGCUGCUGUUGCUGUCGUGGUCAUCAGCACCUGAUCAGUCCAUUCCGAGGAGCGUGAAGUUUCGUCUUCUAUAUCGGUGGCGGCGUUGUCGUUUUCUUCCGCACAUAAACUCGGGUGGCAUUACAUCAGGCCCUUGGCAGAAGCACAGAACCCAUCAGUCAUCAGCAGGCACUCAUAUAAUAUUAAAAGGCAGUCCAGUCCAUCAGCAAAGUGUGGAAUCGUGGAAUCCAUACAAGAAAUUAGCUUAAGCACAAAAUGGCGGAUGGUGGACACUCAUUUGGGAAGAAGACAUUUCAUAAGCCAACUUAUUGCCACCAUUGUUCGGAUUUGCUUUGGGGUUUAAUCGGACAAGGAUAUAUAUGCGAAGUUUGUAACUUCAUUAUCCACGAGAGAUGUGUAACGAGUGUUGUAACUCCAUGUUCUGGUAUAGCUCCAUGUAUUAUAAAGAAUCCCGUCGCCCAUUGUUGGUCCGAGCCAACACAUCACAAAAGAAAAUUUUGCACUGUUUGCCGAAAGCGUUUGGAUGAAACACCCGCAGUUCAUUGUUUAGUUUGCGAAUAUUUCGCCCACAUUGAGUGCCAAGAUUUUGCUGUUCCCGAUUGCACAGAAAAUGCAACCUAUGUUCCUGGCAAGGAAUUAUUAAAUGUUAAACAUCAGCAUCACUGGCGAGAAGGGAAUCUUCCACCAACAUCAAAAUGCGCCUAUUGCAAGAAAACUUGCUGGUCAUCGGAAUGCCUUACAGGCUACCGUUGCGAAUGGUGCGGAAUGACAACACACGGAGGAUGUCGCAUGUACCUGUCAACUGAAUGUAACUUUGGAAUAUUGCAACCAAUUUAUUUGCCACCACAUUCUGUUUCAAUUCCAAGAACAGAAGUUCCAAUCGAAGCUAUAAUUGGUGUGCAAGUUAAAUCAAAGAAUACAUUAGUUCGAGAUUAUUCUUGUCCGGAAUUAAGAACAAUAGGUUUAUGUGAGGCCACCACCGAUAGUGAUUUAUCAAUAAGACAAGAAUUGCAGCGUCGAAAACGUCCCAAAAACAAUUCGCAGUUUCAUCUUCUUUUACAUUCGUCCGAUGCUAAGAAAAAAUCCUCAGAUCACAAGAAGUCACGCCAUAAGAAAUCCACCAAAAAUGAUGAGAACAAUGGCGGUGGGAAUCCGUCAGCGACUGAUCCAAUAAGUCUCUCAAGCGGUACUUCUCGAAGCUAUACGAAUAUUUUUCGAAAAAUCAAUGUGAUAAAUCGAAAAAGUUGGCAAAAACUACAUCGCAACUCGAAUACGACUGAAGACGAUAUCGAUGAUAUUGAUGAGGAGUAUCUCAAUGGGAAUUCGACUGCAGCGGCAUUGGUGGCAAAUGCUGCGGGAGUGGCAGUGACAUCCGGUUCAGCCGACGAACUCGAUCCGGUGUUUAAUGAGAGUUUCUAUGAAACUUCAGAUACCGGAGGUGAUCUGACGGCGGACGACAUAGACUCUAGUACGAACUUAGUCAGUAGUAACAUAAGCUAUAAUAGUAGUAAUGCAUCGAUUGAUAAUCGAAACAGCAAUGACAAUAACUGGCAUGACGGCGCGGGCGGACGUAAUGUGAAGUUGCACGACAGUGGAGUGGUGGGAAACUAUCUAUCGACGACCAAUUCAAGUGGCCGUCAUGGCGGAACGACAACUUCAAGCUACUCACCGAAUUCGAGUGAGUCAUCGUCGGUGGGCCGAAGUAAGUCGUUCCAAGAGCCCGGUCAUACCAAAGUGCCGGCAAGUAAACGGUACGCUAGAUUUUUCACAAAACGGAAACACGCCAACAACGGCAGCAACAAUAACUGCAAGAGUGACUUAAAUCUAGAUACCGUUUCACAGAAUAUCGAAAUAACGAUUCAGGAUGAAGAUGGAAAUUUUCAACCGUACGAUGAUAAUUUCUAUGCGAUUAGUGAUAAUCAUAGAUUGCAUAACGGGUGUCAAAAUGGCCGGAUUGAUAAUAAUCAUUUGUUUAGUCGGUUGAUGAAGAGGAUGCGGCGAAUAUCGUUCGGAUUGCGAAGGCCACGUCACAGAGAACGGAGAGCUCGAAGUAUAUCUGAAGAGUUUAGUAGUGGCGACGCACCUAAGUCGAAGGAAGAUGAAGCAUUCUGUAAAUCUGAUCAAGCAGCUAGUGGAAGUGGUUCAACUGGAGGUGGAAGUGGAGUUGGACCAACUCAUUAUCGUGCUGACUCCCAAACGCACAAAUCUGACAAGGAUAAAGAAAAGAAAGAGAAAGAAAGAGAAGAACGGGAUUUAGAAAUGAUAAAAGUGUUCGAUGGAAAUAGUUCCUUGAGACGGCAGCUUUACCGUGUCAUUACAAUUGCUAGGACAUGUACUUUACAACAUUUAUUAACGACUUCAUUGAGAGCAUUUCACAUUACUAGGGAUCCAAGUGCAUUUUACCUUACCGAUUUAUAUGCCGCAGCUGGAAAUGAAGAUACACCAUUAGCUGAUCCCUCACCAGUUUUAAGUUUGACACACCUUGAAGGCAAACGACCAGCUAUCUAUCUUCGGUUUCAUGAUAAGGACAAUGGUUUUGUGCGUGUUUAUCCUGGAAAAUUGCAAUCAUCGCUCGAAGAUCCAUACGUUAGUGUUCCUGUAGAUAAUUCAACUACCAUUAAGGAUUUGAUCCGUGAUGCACUUGAUAAAUUUGGUUUACAGGAUAAUCAAAUUCAGGAUUAUAGAUGUUCCGAAGUGCUAUUGGAUCGUGGUGUCUCUGAGAGAAUUCUCUCAUGGAACGAACGUCCAUGGGAUAUUAUGAAACAAUUAGGAAAUGACUCAAUACGACAAAUGGAAUUAAUGCGCUUUUAUAUGCAACACAAACAGGAUCCACAUGGACCAAAUAUUGCAUUGUUUGUUGGUAAUUUACCACCAGGUCUAUCCCAAAGGAAUUAUGAACAAAUUCUGGGCAGAUAUUUAACUGAAGAAAAUAAAUUCAUGACUAUCGGUCCAAUUUACUAUGAAUAUGGUUCGGUUGUGUUGACAUUUGAGGAUUCUCAAAAAGCUGUUCGUGCAUUUUAUAAUCUUCGAGAAACUGUAAUCGAGGAUAAGAAACUACUUGUAUUACUACUUCCAAAUAUCGAACCAAGUAUGGUGCCAUCUGAUGUAAGACCCUUACUUGUGUUUGUCAAUGUUAAAUCAGGUGGAUGUCAAGGUCUGGAAUUGAUAUCGAGCUUUAGAAAACUAUUGAAUCCUUACCAAGUAUUCGAUCUUGAUAAUGGUGGUCCUUUACCAGGCUUAUACGUAUUUCGUCAAAUCAAACACUACAAAAUUUUGGUUUGUGGAGGUGAUGGAACUAUUGGCUGGGUAUUGCAAUGUUUGGACAAUGUUGGUCAAGAUUCGGAGUGCUCAAGUCCACCUUGCGCUAUUGUACCACUAGGAACAGGAAACGAUUUAGCUCGGGUCCUUUGCUGGGGCUCUGGUUACACUGGCGGUGAAGAUCCCCUUAAUUUACUACGCGAUGUCAUUGAAGCCGAAGAAAUUCGCCUAGAUCGAUGGACCGUUGUGUUCCAUUCGGAUGAUAAACCCGAUGAAACAGCGCUUAAAGCGCCUUCAAAUUCCACUGGUGGAGGUGCACAAAGCGAAGAUAAUUCUCAAAUCUAUGUAAUGAAUAAUUAUUUUGGAAUUGGGUUGGAUGCAGAUCUUUGUUUGGAUUUCCAUAAUGCACGUGAAGAGAAUCCUAAUAAAUUCAAUUCAAGAUUACAUAAUAAGGGUUAUUAUGUUAAAAUGGGACUGCGAAAAAUUGUUGGUCGAAAAACUGUAAAAGAGCUGCAUAAGGAAUUGCGCUUGGAAGUUGAUGGAAAAGUUGUUGAACUGCCACCAGUCGAAGGAAUAAUUAUUUUAAAUAUUUUAAGCUGGGGAAGUGGAGCCAAUCCAUGGGGACCGGAUAAGGAUGAUCAAUUUACAACGCCCAAUCAUUAUGAUGGUUGUCUUGAGAUUGUAGGAGUUACCGGUGUUGUGCAUUUAGGGCAAAUUCAAUCGGGUAUCCGAACGGCAAUGAGAAUAGCACAGGGUGGGCAUAUAAAAAUACACAUUCACUCUGAAAUGCCCGUUCAAGUAGAUGGCGAACCAUGGAUACAAACUCCUGGUGAGGUUGUCGUCUUGAAAUCAGCCCUUAAGGCGACCAUGCUUAAAAAGAACAAAAGCAAAAUGAAGCGUCGCAACACUGAACCAACAAUGGUCGUGGCUGGAACAAGUGCACCACAAAUGUCUUUGGCCAUUCAACCAGCUGAAGAUAAUAAUUCAGAUCAAGCUAAUAAUACGGAUUUCUGAAUAUGGUAUAGUGAGCGACUAAUUUAACGACCUAUUAUUAGAUAAUUAUAAAUUAAUGAAAACAAAAAUUUAACAACAACAAAAAAAACAAACAAAAUUAUAUGUAAAACCCAUUUUGUACACAUAAAUUAAAUAAAACAAAAAUCAAGAAUUAAAAAAAAAAUCCGCUUGUGGGCGCUUCUUAAUUGGGAUGAAAGGAAGAAAGUUCAUGAUCUUACUUAAAUCUCUAAAAAGCUUAUCGUAGAGCUUAAAAAAUAUCUUCACCGAAAGCUUUAUCCCUUUAAAUCGAAGGGCAUACACAAAAAAACAGAAUUUGAGUUAAAAAAGCUCUAACUUCGUUUCCAUUCUAAGCUCUUAAAUUUCAAAUACAUCAAGGUUCGUUUAAAAAAACUGAAGUAAAAAGUACUGUUUUACAAAACGUUUCUCGAAAUCCCUAUUAAAGAUAAGCUUUCGAAGAUCCUUUACCAUAAUUUUAAGGUAAAGUUCGUUUCCAUUCUUCUUCAUUGUUAACGCGUUGUUUUAUAAAAAGUUCAAUCAACUUUUCAUAGAAGACCUUAAAGGCGUAUAAAUAUUCAAAAUAACAGCAAUAAACAUACAAAAUGUUGAGCUUUUAAAAAGCUUACACACGAUCCUAAAAAAAAUGUUUGCGAAAUAAGGCGAAACCUCUAAAAAGAAGCAUCUCCAAAAGCAGUCUGCAAAAGCUUUCAGUUGAAAUUAGAUCGAAAAGCAAAAGUUUUCAUGAUCAUUUUUCUUUCAUCCUCUUUGAAUGUCAAUCGCGCCCAAUUUCCUAUCUAAAAAAUGAAAUAUCUUCAACAAAAUAAAAAUAAAAUUCCCAUACAAAAUGUAAUAAAACAAAAACUUAUACAUCGGCAAAGAAAAAUUAGAUUCCAUUAUUUUUUAUAUUUAAAUUCAAAUAUUCUUCCCAUUCUUUGUUUUUGGUCCAUGGUUAAAUGAAAACUAUUGUUUUAGACCGUUAAAAUAGUUGCUCUCUAUUGUAUCCAAAAAAAAAAACUAAAAUGAAAAAUAAUGAAAGAAAAUACAAAAUAUUUAACAUGUUUUUUAAUUAUAAUUAUUAUAUUGUAAAUUAAACUACAGGCAUAAAAUACUAUUUUUUUUUAUUUUUAGAAUAUUUUUUUAAUGCACUCAAUUUUGUCUUAAUUGUUUUUUUUUUUUACAAAAAUAGUUGUAAAAUCAAAAUCUAAUCAAUUCCACCGAAAAAUAAGUGUAUAGACAAAAAACAAAAGAAAUAUAAUAUAAUAAUUAAAAUAGUGUCUUAGAAAAGAAAAAAAUUAAAAAAAAAAAACAAAUUAAACCACAGCCAUCUGCACAACUUUAUAGUUAAUGAAUUUUUUGUUAUUGUAAUAAAUGCAUUAAUUAAAACUAAAAAGUCAAACCACAUAAAUUAAACAAUACAUUUUAUGUUUCCUUAAAGCAGUUUGAAUGAAUCAGGGAAAAAGAUACAAAGAAAUUACAUUUCCAUCAAUGACAAUUUUGCCAAAUGAAUUAUGCAAUGCAACUUUGAAGUUCCAAAUUUGUCCGCCAUUGUGACAUUUCACGAAUGACAAUUACUAUCAUAGCUUUGAGCAAACUGAAGCAAUGGGCGGUGACAGAACAACAAAAUGGACGAACAAAUAAAUCAGCCAUUUUGAUUUUUGUGUCAACGCACAUCGCUUUGGUUUGCUCAUUUUGCCAAAUGAAUUAUUAUCCCAAUGCAACUUUGUAUUUCACAAACAAUUAUUUGCAGUUGGUUUUUGUUUUCCUAUUUUUUUUUUCAGAUGUAAAUGUUAACCCAUUAUGACAUUUGACAAAUGACAAUUAGUAUCAAAGCUUUGAGCAAACCGAAGCAAUGUCCGGUGACAGAAUAACAAAAUGGAUGAAUAAAUCAGCCAUUUUGUUUUUUGUGUCAACGCACAUAACUCUUUGGUUUGUUUAAGAAUUUUUAUCGAGUUCAAUACAAAUUUUUAAAUAAAUUCAAUUUACUUGAACUAAAAUCUCUAAUCUAUUAGCUCUAACCCAUUUACAGCUUUUAAAUAAAAGAUUUUUAAUAAAAGUAAUUACAAAUAUCAAACUUGCAUUGAACUCACAUUUCAAAACAAAAAUAUUCAUCCCCAUUUUAACAUUAUUUCGACAGCUUUGCGGGACAUCUGAAUUUCUAAGCAUAUGUCAUUAAGGUACCGUCAUACUGCUUCUUUCUUUUUCUAUGUAUUGUAAUUUUUCUUGAUUUUUUCAAACAGUUUUUUUUUUUUAAAUUUAAGUGAAAAGUCAGGAGUGAAAAUGACUUUUCAUAUUGUUCCAUUUUAUUAAUAUUCAUUUUUGCAUUUUAAGUUCGACUUAAAAAAAAAUACAAAUAUAAUUUAUGCAAUAAACUUAAAACAUAGAACGUGAUAAUUGAUGGCUUUUAUUACAAAAGAUAUAGAAAACUAAAAACUGUCUUAAAAGCGGGUAAAAAAUAAUAGUUAAAUAUUUAAAAAAUAAAAUAAAAUUAAUUUCUUGUUUGUUCUUAAAUGUAUAGCUAUACGCUUGCACUUUAAAUAGUUUUUGUUAAUCUUUAAUUAAAUUAAAAAAAAACAUGUGUCAAAAUAUAAAAAGAAAUCAAUUGUUAUAAAAUUUUACUUAUUGUUAAAAAAAAUCUAUUACUUACUCAAAAAAACAAUAUAUUUUUAAAAAAAUAUGUUUUUCUUGUAUUUUGUUAAAAUUUUUUAGAUACUCUUAUUAUGCUUUUAUGUAAAAUAAAAAAAAAAACAAAAAAGAAAAACUUCAAUGCAAAUCAAACCAAAACUAGUUUGUAAUAAUAAUUAAACAAAUCUACUACAAUUUAUACGCUUAGUAAAUAUCACAAGAUAUUUCUUAAGAUCUAAAACUAGUAAAAAUAAAACAAAGAGAAGUAUUCGUAUAUGUCAUCUUUCAACAGAGAUAUGUACAUCAAUUUUUUCGAGAGAAAGUUAAAAUAUAAAUGAAAACCAAAAUAAAAUAAGUGGAAUCGUAACAAAAAAUUAAAAAAAAAAAUGGUGGACAACAAAAUUAUGAAAAAAUUACAAAACUUAAACAAAAAUUGAACUAAAAUUUGACUUUUCCAAAAGAAAUACCAAAAAAAAACGAACAACAUUCAUUUGAAUAUGUGUACUCAAGAAAAUACAAAAUUUAUUAAAAACUAAAUAUUGCAUAGUUUUUGUGGAAUAAAAAAAAACUGCGGGACGAACUACUACUUUAUAUAAUAUUAAAAACAAAAUAUUUCUACUACUUUUAUCUUGAUGGAAAGAGAAAGACAAGUCAUUAAAGAUGUUAUAUAUUAUUUAUAAAUAUAAAAUAACAAAAGAAACAUUAGGGUCGGAAUGUGCAAUUAGUAUAAAUAUUCUCUGUUGUUGUUCUAAAAGAAUAUUAAACAAAAGAAAAAGAUAAAAUCUCUAUUUGUUAAGAUAAUUUGUUUAUAUCAUAAAAAUAAAUAGGAAAAGGUUGUAAUUGAAACAAAAAUUGAUAUAAAAACUCCUCCAAGCAAUGAAAUAAUUGAAUCAAAAUUUAUUAAUAUUAAGAUUAAAUCUAUAUUAAAUAAAUAAAAAUAUAUAUAUAUAGAUUAAAUUUAAGAAAUUAUAAUUUUCUUUAAACAAAACAUAUAUUAUAUAAACAAUUAGCUAUUUAUCAAUAUUCAUUACUUGGAAUUCGUUUUUGAGAUUGUAUGAUAGAAAAAGUUUUAUUAACUUUUUAAGUAAACAGAAAAUUUUUAUGAUAAAAGCAGAUUAUCCUAGCAAAACAUUAAAAUCUACUCCGAUAUUUAGUAAAAUAGUUAAAAUUAUAUAGGAGUAGAAAAGAGGUAUAAAUGUCACUCUAACUCAUAACCGGAAUAUGGUUUGGAGUGCAUGUUAUACUUAAAACAAAAUAUUUUUAAAAAAGAAUUAAACAAAAACAAAAUAUAUAUUAUAUUCUACUCAACCAGCUGUUGAUUAGGGGCUCGGUGAGGGCGAUUGAAAUCAAUUCCGGAACAAUUUGUUGAGCUGAAAAACGAUUUUUAAAACUUUUUAAUUUUUCUCAAAUUUUUCAACUCAACAUGCUUUUGAUUUUCCUCGCUAUAAAUAUUGAUAGCUGGGUGAAUACAAACAAUACAAAAAAUUAUUAAAUAAAAUUAUAUAAAUUUUUAUUUUAAGUUUAAAAUAUAAAUAUUACAAAAAUAUUUCAAAUAUUUAAAGAAAUCCAAAAUUUAAAUUAAUAUAAAAACAAAAAUAAAUAAAACAUUCAUACAUAAUUACCAAUACUAUAUAUAUAAAAUAAUAUAUUAUAUUAUUAUAGAAAUUGAUGUAGUAAUUAAAUUUAAGGAUACAAACAAAACAAGUAAAUAUAAAUAUAUACAAAACAUUAACUUAAUAAUGUUAAGUUGAAAAACAAAAAAUCUCUUUUUCAAAAAACAAAAACUUUAAAAGUCAUUAUAGUAAACUAUGAUACAACAAGAAAUAAAUAAAUACUAAUCAUUCGAUGAAAAGGAAAUUCUUAAAUGAACAAAAAAACUAUAAACAAAAUCGAAUGAUAUAACAACCAUUCCAACUUUUAUUAAAAAAAAAAAACAAAUAUUUAAAAAAAAAAAACAAGGAAAUUUACAAACUCGGAGAAAACAUAAACAAUUGACUGUCAGGCGUAGAAUCACAAACCACAAAAUUUAUAAACCCGAACUGUAACUUUCAAGCAAGUUCAAUUUAAAAUAUGAACUCUUAUAUACAAAAGUUAUAGCUAGAAAGCAAAUGAACCAAGAAAACUAUUGAAACAAAAUAUAAACAAACAUUUAGGAAGAGAAUUAGCGACUAUAUGGAAUAAGAACAAAACUAAACAAUAAAAUAAAUAAAUUUUCAUUUUAAUCAAAAAGUUAUUAUAGCCAAUGGAAUAACAAAACCAAAUCCAAUUUUGCAAAAUGAAUGUGAAAUUAAGCAAAACUAUAUUUAAAAAACAAAAUAAAUUAAAUGUGAAGAUAUUGUAUAGACUUACAGCCUAUAUGUAUAUUUAUAAAUGUUAUAACAAUUAAACAUUUAAAAACAUAAAUAAAUACAAUUUUAAAAGAAAAAAUUUCCUCAAAGGAAAUGAAAAAAAUGAAAAAAACUACAGCGUUAAGUGUUUUAUUUUUGUUUGUAAAAAGUCUUUAAUGAUAAAGUUAAAAAUUUAAACAAACACAACAAAACAAAAGAAAAAAGAAAAUGCUUUUUUUGUGGAAUUAUUAAUUCAAUUUAUCACAUUUUUAUGCAUAUAUAUAUAGAUGUAUGUUUGAAAUAUAAGUCAUAAAAAACAAAAAAAAUAACAAAACUGAAAAGAACUUCAAGAAAAUAAAUAAAAUAUAUUAAAUAUAAAAAAGCGCAAUACGCACUUAUUCCAUAUUUAAAUGUUGUUAUUCAAAUACAAUACUUAAAAACACAAAAAUUCACACAAAUAAAAUGAGAAAUAUUAAAAUGAUUAAAAAUAAUAACAGGUAUAUGCAAUGCAAUGCUUUGAUUUUUUGAUUAAAAUGAAAAAUUUAUCAAAUUUAAAAAAAAAAAAAACAUACACAACAAAAUGAGAUAUAGUCAAAAAUGCUAAUUUAUAAAGAUGAGAAAAGAAAAUCGAUAGAAUGAAGAAAAAAAAACAUAAAGAAAAGAAAAUUAUUAACUAUAUAUUUAAAAAAUAAAGAAAAAAACAAAAAUAAAUAGCUAAAUAUUUUACAGAUAAAAUAAUGACGCAUUACUGACCCAAAAAUUACAAAAACAACAUAAUUUAUGUGAUUAUUUAAAUAAUAUAAAUUCUUAUUAUGGGUCUUUGAAACAAAACAAAAACAAAAAAAAACUAAUUUAAAAGAGAAAAUAAAAUUAGCGUCAAACAAAAAUAUUUAAUGUCAAAAUAUAUAGUAACUUCAAAAUAAAUGUAAAUUUAAAAAAAACGCUAA